AUGGAGGGGAUCGAGGUCGUUCGCCAAUUUGCAGAUCAGGUCCGGGGUCGAACAUUUCUUAUUACUGGACCUAGUGUGAAUGGCAUCGGAGCAGAGACUGCCAUCUCCCUUGCUCAUGGUGCACCGGCAAUUCUUAUCUUACUUGGCCGGUCACUUCAGAAAAUAGAGCCUGUGAUUAGCACAAUCCAGUCCAUCAACUCGUCGAUACGGGUAAAAUUCGUCGAGACAGACCUCGCGUCCCUGGCAAGCGUGCGAAAGGCAGCGCAGUCGAUCCUCGAUGACCCUGAAAUCGAGCACAUUGACGUCAUCAUCAACAAUGCCGCGAUCAUGUUCUGUCCAUAUGAGAAGACCGUCGACGGCUUCGAGCUACAAUUCGCCUCGGGUCAUCUCGGUCACUUCGUCUUGACCAACUAUCUGAUGCCAAAGAUCCUCGCCGCUGGCCCUGGUUCCCGCAUCGUAAACGUCUCCAGCAGCGGGAACAAACUCGGCAGUAUCAAUUGGGAGGACCCCAACUUCACCGUGGAAGGCUCCUACACACCGCUCAAAGGUUACGGCCAGGCAAAGACGGCCAACAUCCUGUUCUCUGUCGCCCUGAACAAGCGGCUAGCGGGAAAAGGCGUUCACUCCUACGCACUGCAUCCGGGGAGCGUAGCAACCGGUUUACAAAGGCAUUUGGACAAGGACAUCGCCGAUGCGGCGUCUGCCAUUGUCCUCGGCGAUUCAAGCGCCAGGACGCAGAGGAAGACGCUGCAGCAAGGCUGCUCCACCACCCUGAGGGCAGCACUUGACCCCGAUCUGCCACGCCAGGAGGGCGUCUUUCUUGCUGACUGCGAGCUGGUGACCGAGUCAUUCUGGCUUGCGCCAUGGAGCACGGAUCCCCAGAGUGCGGAGCGUCUGUGGAAGUUGAGUGAAGAUUUGGUAGGUGAAAAUUUCGAGUAUUGA